CGCAACAAGUUACUUCGCAGAUUCAUUGGACGUUUUGUGAAUACUUUUGCUUUAUGUAAUAUGCCUGAGCUUUAAACAUGCAUUGAAUGUUGUGAAUUCUUAACACUCAUAUCAAGCCAUCAUGGCUUUGAAGUGGUGUAUCAUAUUUUGUUUGGUCAACUUUUUGAAUACAGUGUUUCUUCAACCUAAGGUUGUUUAUAAACCAACUGAGUUUCCAUACUCAAAAUGUUUUGAAAAUGGGACGAACAGAGUGAUUUGUGAAAAGCUGAAUAUGAGUUACGAAAGACAAGAGAAAGAGAGCGUGUGGCCACCAGGGCCAUACGCAAUACCAAUGUGCAAAUAUGGCUGUCCAGAAUCACAGUCUCGAGGAUGGUCAAAAAGUUUUAUAAAGGUCAAGAUGGUAGAAUUUAGUAAAAAUUCAGAAAGUGUCCCUACAGAUUUAGAUAGGAAUUGGAAGCCCUAUUCCUCAAUCAUAAACGAUGACUAUUUCAAACCGCCGCAUCGUAUAGAAAAUUGGACGUUUUUUUAUUUUUGCGUGAAAUUCCGAAAUGACACUGCACUUGAUAAGGAAGAAUGGAUUCCAGGAAACUACAGCAUUUAUAAGAUCGGUUCUUCGUGUCCCACGGAAUUUGAAGAAUCCACCAGAACUUUUCCUGUCACUGAAUUUGUGCAGCAUGGUCAUGUUCCAGAUAUUGCAGUGAGUGAAGAAGGUUCGUGGAUAACAUUUUUGUAAACUUGUUUGUUUGUCUGUAAAAAGUAUUAACUAACUU